AGCUUGAGCUCGGAACUGGGGACCCACGACCCAGCUAGGAUCUCUGCUGCCGCGGCUGCGCUGGGGCGGAGGCUCCUCGGAGUCCACAAGACAGGUUCCCUGGAUGAGAAAAAGCUGAAAGCGGCUCCCAUCCCGCCUUCUCUGUAAGCUCAGGGGUGGGGGCCUUGGGGCCCUUGGGGGUCACCAAUGCCGAAGAACAGCAAAGUCACGCAGCGGGAGCACAGCAACGAGCAUGUCACCGAGUCUGUGGCCGACCUGCUGGCCCAUGAAGAACCGGUGGACUAUAAGCACAGUGUCCUGAAUAUGGCGGGAGAGGCCCAGGACAAACAGAAGGAUGUGGAGGAAGACCUGGAGGCUGAGGAUCGGCCUGCCUGGAACAGUAAGCUACAGUACAUCCUGGCCCAGAUCGGCUUCUCGGUGGGCCUGGGCAACGUCUGGAGGUUUCCAUACUUAUGCCAGAAAAAUGGUGGAGGUGCUUACCUCGUGCCCUACCUAGUGCUGCUGAUCAUCAUUGGGAUCCCACUCUUCUUCUUAGAACUGGCUGUGGGCCAAAGGAUACGCCGGGGUAGCAUUGGAGUAUGGCAUUAUGUGUGUCCCCGGCUGGGGGGCAUUGGCUUCUCCAGUUGCAUUGUGUGCCUCUUCGUUGGAUUGUAUUACAAUGUGAUUAUUGGCUGGAGUAUAUUUUAUUUCUUCAAAUCCUUCCAGUAUCCAUUGCCCUGGAGUGAGUGCCCUGUCAUUAGGAAUGGAACUACCGCAGUGGUGGAGGAAGAGUGUGAUAAGAGUUCAGCUACCACCUACUUCUGGUACCGAGAGGCUCUGGAUAUCUCCAACUCCAUCUCUGAGAGUGGGGGGCUCAACUGGAAGAUGACCUUGUGCCUCCUGGUGGCUUGGAGCAUUGUGGGUAUGGCUGUGGUCAAGGGCAUUCAGUCUUCAGGAAAGGUGAUGUAUUUCAGUUCCCUUUUCCCCUACGUGGUGCUGGCCUGUUUCCUGGUCCGGGGGCUGCUGCUGAGGGGAGCUGUGGAUGGAAUCCUGCACAUGUUUACUCCCAAGCUAGACAAGAUGCUAGACCCCCAGGUGUGGCGGGAGGCAGCCACCCAGGUUUUCUUUGCCUUGGGGUUGGGCUUUGGGGGUGUCAUUGCCUUCUCCAGCUACAACAAACAGGAUAACAACUGCCACUUUGAUGCUGCCCUUGUGUCCUUCAUCAACUUCUUCACCUCGGUGCUGGCCACCUUGGUCGUUUUUGCUGUGCUGGGCUUCAAGGCCAACAUCAUGAAUGAGAAGUGUGUGGUCGAGAAUGCUGAGAAGAUUCUGGGAUAUCUCAACAGCAAUGUCUUGAGUCAUGACCUCAUUCCACCUCAUGUCAACUUCUCCCACCUGACUGCUCAUGACUACAGUGAGAUGUACAAGGUCAUCAUGACUGUCAAAGAAGACCGAUUCCAGGAGCUGGGCCUGGAUCCCUGUCUUCUGGAAGAUGAACUCAAUAAGUCUGUGCAGGGGACGGGUCUGGCUUUUAUUGCCUUCACCGAGGCCAUGACCCACUUCCCAGCCUCUCCCUUCUGGUCGGUCAUGUUCUUCCUUAUGCUGAUCAACCUGGGCCUGGGCAGCAUGAUUGGGACCAUGGCUGGGAUCACCACCCCCAUCAUUGAUACUUUCAAGGUGCCAAAGGAAAUGUUCACAGUCGGGUGCUGCAUCUUUGCAUUUCUGGUGGGACUCCUGUUUGUCCAGCGCUCUGGGAACUACUUUGUCACCAUGUUUGAUGACUACUCGGCCACUUUACCCCUCACCGUCAUUGUCAUCCUAGAGAACAUUGCUGUAUCUUGGAUUUAUGGGACUAAGAAGUUCAUGCAGGAGCUGACAGAGAUGCUGGGCUUCCGGCCCUACCAGUUCUAUUUCUACAUGUGGAAGUAUGUGUCCCCCUUGUGCAUGGCCAUUCUCACCACUGCCAGCAUUAUCCAGCUGGGAGUCACCCCACCAGGUUACAGUGCCUGGAUCAAGGAGGAGGCUGCAGAACGGUACCUCUAUUUCCCCAACUGGGCAAUGGCUAUCCUGAUCACUCUCAUCGUACUAGCCACUCUGCCCAUCCCUGUGGUCUUCAUCCUCCGCCAAUUCCACCUGCUCUCAGAUGGCUCCAAUACCCUGUCUGUCUCCUACAAGAAGGGCCGGAUGAUGAAGGACAUCUCCAACUUGGAAGAAAACGAUGAAACCCGUUUCAUCCUAAGCAAGAUGCCCAGCGAGACUCCCUCCCCAAUGCCCACCCAUCGCUCCUACCUUGGCCCAGGAAGCACGUCCCCCCUGGAGAUGAGCAGUGCCCCUAACGGACGCUACGGGAGUGGAUAUCUGCUGGCCAGCACCCCUGAAUCUGAGCUGUGACCUCGGUCACUCUUCUUUCCAUUCUCCAUCCCUCACCUGCCUCUCUGGUCUGCCCUCCUACUGCCCAUAUUCCUGACUGGUGGUGGUACCAUCCCCAGUUCUACUGGCUCUUGGGUUCUCAGAACCACCACCUUGCCUCUUAGAAUCGAUCAUUCCUGGGACCUUGCUCGGUGUAAGGAACAAGGGGUUGGGAGUAUGUUCUCUUCCCCAUUCUUCCCAUGUUUGCCUGUCUCUGUAAGUCCAUCUGGCCCCUUCAUACUUCUAGCCAAAUCACACACCCUAGGAGGUGCCAUCACGAUAGUUUAGGUGCUGUGGUGGCUGUGUCAGAGAUGACUCAGGAAUCUGGAUUCCCUGCCUGGCAGCCAUUUAGGGCGACUCCUGAGGCAUCCCUUUCACCUCUCCUAUUUUCUGCCACCUCGGAUUGUCUCUCUCCUUUGGUGUUUUCUUGCUCCUUACCUGGACAGAGCUUGAUGAGGCAAUAAGACUGGAGCUUCCUCUCUUGGGAUCAGCAGAUUGCCCUGCUGAUGAUCUGGGAGAAGGAUACUCCGCAAUAGACACAUUCAGGGAAGGAGGGCUAAAAGUCUGUCUUCAGGCCUGGCUCUCAGCAGCCAAUUGGAGGCCUCUAAGGUUUUUUCUUCUAUGAAAAAGGUGGUGGUGGUGGGGAAAUUCCUGUGGAGCCUCAGGUAGUGAGCCCCCCUCAUGCCUGAUGCUGGCGGGGAGGGGUGAAAGGGGGAAGUGAUGAAUUGAGGAUGAAUGGAUUUCAAUGCUGUGUCUCAGACCCAGAAGCAAGUGUAUGGGAUCUCACUCAGGGACCAGUAUAAGGUCUCUCCCCGAUGUGGGGAAGAACAGAGAAGGUGAGCUAUUAGUAGGAUGCUGCUUUUCCCAUGUGUGUGUACACAUGGACACAUCUGUCCUGCUGGCUGUCUCCUCAGCCCUGAGUGGGCCCAGGGCAGAGUCUCAGCCUGGGAAUGUUUUGCUGUUAGCUCAGAGUCAAACCUGAGGGGAGUGACCUCUGACUCUCUCUAGUUCUGGGAGCAAGGACAGUUGGGAGUGAGGUGAAUGGGGGCAGAAGGCUGCUCCCCAACUUGUUUUCACAAGCACACAAUUUUUCCUUUCCCUCCCUUCCCUUCCCCACUCCCUGCCCCAUCAUUCUAGGCAGGGGACAGUCCUUCUCUCCACUGGCAGCUACUUCCUCCGGAGCAGGAGGAUCCUGAGAUCGGGAUUCUCUAUGCUCCUAGGAUUGUAGGGGGGCUCUGGCCCAGUACCUGCCUUGCCCAUGGUUGGUUAAUUAGGCACAAGAUGGAGAAGCCCUCAGGUCUGGGGUAAAGAGUUUCAAUUUCACUGCCUCCUCAGUCCUGAUGGCCACUCCCACCCUGCACAAUUUCUAUCUGCACAAUCCCAACGGCAACUCCAGUGACCCCCCACCCUGCCACUCCAUCACCAUGACUCUCUUCCACCUCUCAUAGCACUUCUCCCCUCUCCCCUUUCCCUUUCCUUCCUAUUUUAAAAACUAUUCUUAAACCUCUUAAGUCCCUGCUUUAAGGCAGCAGAGAUCAUGCCCUGAUGAAUUAUUGAAUGAAUGGGUUCCUUCAGGCCGGGGAGGUUAAGUGACUUAGAAAAUCGAGCUCAAACAGAUCCCCCAGAACUCCUCUGGGGUUCUUUGCUUGGCCCUCAUCCAGUAUUCUCAUCUCAACUGACCUGGUUGCUGUCUAGCCAUCCCCAAGAGGAAUCAGGAUUGCUGAACAGAAUCAAAUCCUGAUUUCAAUUCUUACCACUCCCAUAUCUCAUCUGCAAAAUUGGACUAGGUGACCUCUAAGGUUCUUUCCUGCUCUCAAUCCUGUGAUGGUCCUGGGGAGAAGGGAUUCUGGUAGCUGUAUAAAUGAAGAAUACACCCCUAAGGAUUUCAGAAUUGAAUUGAGAACUAUUCAAUGAAUGACUUGUCCCCCAAACUUUCCCCUGGCUUAGAAACUGAUCAUUUGCCUUUAGAAACUUCUUCUGGGUGAGCAUCCCUGGCAACAGUGCUUGGUCCAGGUCCCUAGAAGGAGAACCUUGAAACACCUCCCCUGGAUGUGGCCAAGUUUUCACUCAGGAUUGGGAGAGGACAGAUUGAGCCUAGAGUCCCCUCUUCUUCCAUCCCCUUCCAUUUUUCUCAUUUUCCAUUCUGCCCAUUCUUUCUUCUUUUGUGCUGCUGCUGCUUUUUCCUUGCCUUUUCCUUAUCCUCUUAGGGCCUCCUGUAUGAGAGGACCUUAUUUCCAAAGUGGGGUGAGUGUAUGAAUGAAUUUGUCCAAUUUGUGGUACUCUCACUUCUUAGAGACUGAUUAUUCCCCCUCUUCCUACCUCCUACCCCCACCUUUGCCCUGAGCUUGUUAAAUUAAGUGAAAUUAGGUAGGGAAAAGGAAAAUUUAAAAACCCAAGAGAGACAAUACAUUAUAUAUAUAAUAUAUAUAAUAUUCUAUAUAUUCUAUUUCUAUUGUAUAUAGGAGCUGUACAUGUCCGUGUAAAUGCUGUUUAAUGAGAAGCCCAAAGCAGUGAUUAGUGGACUAUUUUCAUCCUCAGUGCUGUACAGAUAUAUUUUCAUUGUAUAUUUGAUAUUUAUAAUUUUUUUUAGUGUUUGGCUGGGUCAGACCCAGCCUGACAGCCUGUAAGGGCAGGGCACUGGGCUGGGUGGGUGGGAAACACUCUUUCAUUUUAUGUGGGGUUCAGUAUAGUGUUGUGAUAAUUUGCUGUAGGCUGGGGCUAAGUUCCAGCUGUGUUGUUACUGUAUGUUAGGCAUAGGGCUCCUUUGCUAGGUGAGUAGGAUGUCCAUGCAGAUGUGUUAGGAUUUGUGAUUCCUUGUGUCUACUGCUUUUCUGGGCCUUUUACCCACUCUUGCCUGCUACUGUCCCACACUAGACUUUGGAUUAAUAUAUUGGAAAUGAGGGAAGAAAAGGCCCCCACCGGUGGGGGUACCCUUUACCUAUUAGUUUUCUGCUUUGGGACAACAGAGGCCUUAGGCUACAGAGUGAAUUUUCCCCCAUGGUAAUGUGUGUCUUUCUGUCUGUCUUUCUGUAAGUAGCCAGAGUGAGCUGGAGCUCCAUGGACUCCAUGUGUUUGGAAAUGGUUUGCAUUCAUAGAUGAGCAGAAAUAAGGCAGAGCUGAACAAGCCACUGUCAUCCUGGCCACUCUUCAGAAACAGAAAAGGGGCAGAGAAACCCUGACACUUUCCAUGAAAAACUUAGGUGCUCCCAUUAAGUUCAUCAAGUCCCUUUUAAAUCAGUGAAGAAACCGCUUGAUGUUGCUGGCUGGGGGAGAUCUUUUCAUCUAUCCCCCUGCCUCAGUGCUUACUGAUGCUGACAAUGAAAUAAGCUUAGCCUGCAUGAACAUAUGGGAUGCAACUUGAGGGAAUUUCUGCUGUUCUUCUAGAUUCUUCAGUGUUCCAGUUUGGGGUGCCCUCAUGCUUACUGGGGAUAAAGCACUGGGAUGGGUGAGGUACAGAGGCAGCCAGACUGUCUUUAACCAAAAUUCCAAUUUUUCUUCUUAAUGGAGCAAAAUAAUUUGGGUGAUAAGGGUGAAAGACUAGCCUCCGGAGCCCUAGUUCAUGGGAAUGGGGGCCCAUGUUGGAAUUGGGGGAAGGUGGGGGGAUGGAUUGGAAUGCCUUUUGUAUCUUCAUUGCAACUUCCCUAACUAUUGCUUGACUUGAUAAAACAUUUAUCAAGGGACCAGAAUUCAUAUGUAAGAAGCUUAAGGUAACCAGAGGGCCUCAAACAAAACCCUUCCUGAUUCCCAUUAUUUCUACUCUCACAAUCUUCCAGGAGGACCCUCCUUUGGUAUGAGCAGGCAGGCUCACCCAGUCCACCUCUGGGAACAGGGAGAAAGACUGUGCAGGAGUUGAGCAAAACCCUGGUUCCUCUCCUGCUCCCAUUACCAGCUUCUUGCUCAGGGAGAUUUUUCCUCCAUCCUUCUGGCCAAGCACCCAGCUAAGUUCCCCUAAGGUUCAUAUGAAUGUGAAAGAGACCAGGUUGGUUGGAUGGAAGCAGCUGGGCUCUGGGUAGGGUGAGACUUCCCUUCUCUCAACCAUCCUUUCCAGGAGCCAGGUGGGCCCAAGCAGGUGUGGGCAGGCUUCUGGCCCAGACAGCUUUUGCUUUCUAGCAAUAAAUUCCCCAUAGUGCUGGGACAAUCCCUGGGAAGUGAGUCUGAUGUUAGUUAUGUAAUCUGUGCCCUGGGAGCUGUUGUUACAAGCUGCUGGUGGUCCUGACCCCCAAUGCUUGCCUGCAGUAUUACUAAUUGGUCCCUGUGGCCACAACAUUCCAACUCACCACCCCAUCCCUCAACUCUUUCCAACAUUGUUCCUUGCCCACCUGCUUUGAAUGUGGGACAUUUGUUCUCCCUCUCAGAAAUAUCUAACACCUGCCCACUUCCCAGGGUGAGAAGGCUACCAAAUUUAACACGCAUUAUUUCCUCACCUCCUUCCCACCAACUCAAUAAAUGUUCUAAAAUAAAGUCCUUUCUCAGCUUAAGAUACCGAGUUUAGCCCAGAAUUCUUUGCACAGCCUGGCAGCAGCUAAAGUGAUUUCCUGAAGAGAACUAGCAAGCAAAUCCCCCAGGAGAGCCCGAGCUCUUCUCCUAGUCCUUGGGCUUCUGGGGGUCAGAUUUGUCUUCCAAUUAGAGUGAAAACAUAGGACUGGGAUUGAGAGGACAGUUCUCAAGGACACCUGGAGGCCGCUGUCUCCUCGCCCAGGUUCCAUUGUACAGAUAGUUCGAUAAAGCACACAAUGUAUAGCCACUUUGUUUUCUAGUAAAAGUUUAAAUCUAAUUCAGCACAUAUCAUCCCUUCCCUUUCCCUCCCACCAUGAUGUAGCCAGUCAGAGAUCUAAUUAAAAACUGCCCUAGUCCAGGAGGAGGGAACACAGCAGUUCCUCUGAACCCCCUGCCACCGUCACCACGGGGCACAAUAAAGUAUCUGUUCUUACCAA